AAACGGGAGCAUUGGAACGGCAGGUGUCCGGAAAAAUCCGCUUGAAAUUGUGUCACAGUUUGGUCGAAAAUUCGGAGAGCAAAGGGCGUAUACCUGAACCAUCAUGUAAAAGAGAGAAAGUGAAAAAGCGUGUGGGAGAGCAAGAUCGAAUGAGAGUUGAAUGUGUGUUUCUGUGUGUGUGUGCGCGCGUUGACCAUUAUUUACUGAGGGUGUGUGCGUGGUGGUGGUGCAAACUCGGACGAACAAGAAGAGAAAUUUUGGGGCCGACUUUUUUCCAGCCCGAGUGUGGUGUUAUCAGGUGUUUGAUUUUUGCUCAAUAAUAUAGUAAAUAUUGGUUUCUUAUAAAUCAGAUAUCAUUCUUGGAAAGAUAAAAUGGCGGAAACAGAGACAGCACCACAUACAAACGGCAUUGAUACUAUAGCAGAAGAAGAAGAAUGCAACAAAACGCGGCCGGCAGAUAUCGAAGCAGAUAUGCGCGAAAUGGAGCGCCGCAAACGGGUGGAGGUAAUGAUGAGCUCUCGUCUUUUCCGUGAGGAACUUGAGCGAAUUGUGGACAGUCAGAUGCGCGAUGGAGGAUCACACAAUAUCCUUCAGCAGUUGUCUGAUAUAAUGGGGAUGCCCGCUGCUCGUGUUGGCAGUGUAUUCAAGAGUUCCAACUGUGUUGUUCCCAUUAAUGAUAUUCGUGGUAUGGAGGCCAUGGGAUACGAAAAAGGCGAAAAAAUCCUUCGCUGUAAACUGGCCGCUGCCUUCCGGCUGGUUGAUUUGUACGGCUGGGCUCAGGGCAUUAAUAGUUUGAUAACAGCUCGACUCAAUGCCGACCAGGAGCUGUUCUUGGUCAAUCCAUUCGGUGUCCUGAACCAUGAAAUCACAGCAUCUUCGCUAAACAAAGUGAACAUGCAAGGACAAAUUGUCGAGCAGGGGACAACCAACUUCGGCGUGAACACUAGUCAAUUUACACUGCACUCCGUGAUUCACGCUGCAAGACCUGAUAUUAGAUGUGCAAUAUACGUCGGUUGCAACGCAGUAGUUGCAAUUUCUGCUUUGAAACAAGGACUGCUUCCGUUAACUAAGGAUAGCGCUUUGCUCGGAGAAAUCUCCGUGCAUACGUAUACCGGAGCGCUUAAUGAACCGGAAGAAAAGGAUAAAUUGUUGCGCAGCCUUGGGCCAGUAUCGAAGGUCUUGUUGCUAUCAAAUCAUGGCGCCAUUUGCUGUGGAGAAACCGUCGAGGAAGCUUUUUAUGCUGUCACUCACAUUGUGGCAGCGUGCGAAGCGCAGCUAAAACUAUUGCCAGUGGGUUUGGAUAAUCUGGUUGUAAUUCCCGAAGAAACACGCAAGGCGAUCUACGACGCUUCGCGGAAACCCCCAGAGGGCGUUGCAUCGAGUGCCGUAUCCGCGGAUAAUAAGGAGCGUUCACAGGCUCCGAAAUGGCGAGUGGGUGGUGCCGAAUUUGAAGCAUUAAUGCGGAUGUUGGACAAUGCCGGUUUCAGAACCGGAUAUAUCUACAGAAACCCAUUGGUGAAGAAUGAUCUUCCCAAACCGAAAAAUGACGUAGAAGUGCCGCCAGCCGUCUCCUCGUUAGGCUAUUUGAUCGAAGAGGAGGAGUUGUUUAAGCAAGGCAUCUGGAAGAAAGGCGAUUUUCGCAAAGGUGGCGAUCGUUCAAGGUGGUUAAAUUCACCGAACGUCUAUCAAAAGGUCGAAGUUCUGGAAACCGGCACACCAGACCCGAAGAAGAUCACAAAGUGGAUUGAUGCAAACGUUGAUGAGUGGGUUGCGGAAGCUUCGCCAACGCAUUCUUCAACGCCGGUUAAGAUCGAUAGCGCGAUGCAAUUCGUCCCUCCUAAUACCAAUCCGAAAGAGUUUAAGCGAAUUCAACAACAGAUCAAGGAUUAUCGACGGGCAGAUAAGAUUUCUGCUGGUCCACAAUCGCACAUUCUGGAAGGUGUUUCCUGGGAUGAAGCAAACCGACUGAAAGAUGCUAACGUAUCUGCAACUGGUGAUCACGUUGUCCUCAUGGGUGCCGCCUCAAAGGGCAUUAUUCAGCGGGGCUACCAACACAACGCAACAGUAUAUAAAGCGCCGUAUGCUAAGAAUCCGUUCGACUCCGUUACUGACGAUGAGCUGAAUGAAUACAAGAAAACCGUCGAGAAGAAGCGACAAGGUGACUAUACCGACACAGAUUUCUCCGAAUCCGAGGCAUUAAGUUCUUUCCAAAUUUCGGAAAAGACCAAGAACCAAACCAUGAGUCCUCCCAGCCAGUCAGAGCCUGAAGACACUGCCGCAGAACAUCAGGUGCUUAGAAUAGAGACAAAGCAAGCUCCCAAGCCUAGUCAGCCAGAAGUUGUACUAAGUGACGGUGAACAUGUACAAAAUGGUGACCACUCGGAUACUCAUAUGAGCACGUUUUCACACAGCAGCAAAGAGGAUGUGUCUACCGAAGGUUCUCCCAAGAAGGAUAAAAAGAAGAAGAAGGGCUUACGGACACCUUCAUUUUUGAAGAAGAAGAAGGACAAGAAGCGAAUCGAGGCCUAAAUCACAACAUAAACAGCACUCAGCGACGAUUUUUUUACAAAAAAAAACAAUUUUGAUUAAACUAUAUUAUGUCUUUUUCCUGAAACAUAAAGUAAAGAACGAAAAAAUACGGUAAAAGUAUCCGCAUAUAAAGGAAAAUCUUUAUUAUAAAAAUAUGUCACUUUGAGAUAAAGCGAUAUUCCUAUUAGUAGCGGUAAACACUCUAAUAAGGCACGCGGGCACAAUAAAAGCAUUUGCUGAAGCAGUCACGUCACGUCGUAUGAUGAAGAAAGAAUGAAUUCGGAUCACGAAAAAAGAUGUAACUCCCCUCAUUAGAUGUAGGAGAUGAAUGUUAUUGUAAAUCUUUUUGCCACAAACAUCAAUCAAGUGCAUUUUGUUGGUAGGUAUGUGACAACCACGCAAGUUAGAACAAAGUUAGAAAUCCAGCUUGAUUAUAAUUAUAAAAGAGAGGAAUAUUAAGCGGAAAACGAUGUUGAAGCGACUAGAUGAUUAGAAAUAAAAUGUGAAAGUGAAGCUAAAUUGCGCAUAUAUUUUUGGGUUACCUAUUUGAAAAUUAUUGUUUAUUUAUUAUCUUUACAUAUAAAAAAAAACGGAAAAAUGCGUCAUUUUGCAGUUGCAGCUGAUGUUGAACGACGUUGAAUAUAGUAAGGCACUGUCGCUGUUUAUCACUCGAUCAUGAAAAAUCAUACAAGAGUCAUUCUAGCUGGAGCCGUACCGCUGUUUGCAUAAAAAUACAAAAUAAGCACAGAUUCAGGUUGUUCUUCACAUUUCGUGAUAUUUGCAAAGUUAAAAAGGUAUUUUUUAUUCAUCCAAGCUAAUCGUGUAUUGUUGUCAAUUAACAUCAAAAAUUGGUUUCUUAAAUACAGAGGGUGGUCAAAAUGUUUGGAAUAGGCAACUUUUUUUCUCUCACAAAAAAGUUCAACAUGCUGUAACUUUUUAUAAACUGCACCCACUCGCAUAACUGUCCCAUAUGGAUAGGAAUCCCAGCAAAGAUGGGACUGUUAUGCGAGUGGGGACAGUAAAGUGCAUCAAAAAUUCUCAAAUUUUGACUGCUUGUCAACCUAUUAUAUGUGCAUCACUGGUUAAUAUUUGGGCUCGAUUGGUUAAUCCUUUACCAAGCUAGAACCGUUCUCAUGAAAUACUAUUUUUAGGUAACUAAUUUUUUAACUGCCAUAUCUCGGAAACCAGUGAUCCGAAUUGAAUGAAAUUUUAAACGUUUAUCAACAAUAUACAUAUUGAUAAUCAAUUCGACGUUAUAUAAUUUAAUAUUUUCUGACGACGAAUAAAGUUAUAGUGGUUUGACAUUUUCACUCAUAUAGAGGAAAAUAACUCAAAUUUACAAUAUCACACAAAAAAUGCUAAAUGUGUUCUUCCUUCAAUCCAAAUUGGCUCUAAAUAUAACUUAUUAUAGAUAUUUUGAGAACAGAAGUAGAAAAUCUUUGGAUCGAAACUAAAAAUUAAUCACAUUGAUGUAAAAAAAAUACGAUUUUUCGAGAAAAAUCCAAAAAGUGUCAAUCCAUUACAACUUUUUUCAACGUUUUGAAAGUACCUAUGUUUUGAAGUCUUUUUAAGCAUUAGUAUUUUGUUGAUAAACGUUCAAAAAAUUAUUUAAUUCGGUUCACUGGUUUCCGAGAUAUAGCAGUUCAAAAAUAAGUUCUCUAAAAUAGUGUUUUACGAGAACGGUUCUAGCUUCGCUAAAGAUUAACCAUUCAAGCUCAAAUUUGUACCAAUGAUGCACAUAUGAUAGUUUGACAAACAGCCAAAAUUUGAGAAUUUUUGAUGCACUCAAUGAAAAGUUACAGCAUGUUGAUUUUUUUGAGCGAAGAAAGAGUUGCCUAUCCCAAAUAUUUUGGCCACCUGUAUGUAUAAUAUUUAGCACAGACAGUACUCGUGGCUAAUAGAAGAUUGAUAGAACACACACAACGGAGUUUUUAUCGCUUCCUGCAUCAUAAAUUUAUGCAGUUGUUUUUCAUGUUCGGGUCAUAUCUACACCCGAUUCUUUUUCGCACGGGUCGUUUUUCUUCCAUAACUAGUCAAUUUUGAACCUGUUGAGUUGAUUUUUCGUAUACGUAUAGUACUAACCGUGUCUCACAGUGUACAAAUUUUCAUUUGAAUCAGUUAAAAACUGACUAAGUUAUGACUAAAAUUUGCCCCGUGCAAAAAAGGAUCGAGUGUAUUUGUUUAUUCUACCCUGAAUAUACGUUUAUAAUGAACAAUUGUUCUCUAUUCAACAAUGUCUAACUUUCAAAACUGAAUGUAAUUUGGAAAUUUAUUAAAAAAAAAAACGAAUAAAACGUCACAUUAGACAUUAAAAUUUGGAUAACAACCUGUUAUUAUGUAGCCCUAAGUCAUUCGUUUCAUUAGGUUAUCAUAGUUUGAUCGAAAUUACGUAAAAAUGCAUACAUACGUAGUUACAAGUGAUUAAUUUAAAUAGUGUAUUGCAAACAGCGACACUGACACGCAGAAUGACUCUUAUACAAAUCACACGCAUCACGGCUUUUACAUCGCUUGUUUUUUUAAGCGGCUCCAUUACGUUGCUUUUUGUACGCAAAGAUGCUCAUGUCCCACAGUCUACCAGUGUUCAUUAACGAAGGAAAACAGAAAUCUAAAGAAACAUUAAUAAUACAUAUAAGAGACAUGCUGCCCCUAUGCGACUAAAUAUACAUAAAAUGCAUGAAGUGACAUGACAUUCGAAACUAGUGUGAGAUUCGAGACGACAGGUAGAGGACAGCAUCAGUUUCCAUCCAAAAAAGGCAGUUUUUAGAUUUGUAUCAGCAUAAACCGGGAUAAAACAUCUGCCUCUCUGCAACGAGUAAAACAACUUCGAUUACAUGCUUCAAAGUGUUCAAGUAAAUAAAAAAAAUCAAUGAAUAUGAAAUAAAGCGAUAAUAUGCUGAUUGACCCUA